AUGAGGAUAUGUCACUCCCGCAAAGUAAAAACCGGCCCUCUCACCUACGGCCGCCCCCCUUCAUUCCCCGAUCCCCGCCCUCCCGCAAACGCAUCUGCCCAUAUUGCGCGGCCAAUGCCGCUCUCCUUCCGGAUCGCGGGCGUCGACGUUUCCCUCGGCGGCGCACCACACGCCGCCCAAGUCUCGGCCCUCUCCACCUCUUCGCGCGCGGCCAGCAUCGGCCCAUACCCCUCAGUCGGACAAGCCGCAACUGCCUCUCCCCCCGGCUACCGCAUUAACACUCUCUCCCGCGUCAUCGGCACGGGCACGCACGCCUGGCGCAAGGCUGCCAAGGCCUUGGAAACAGCCGACGCGCUUGAGACGCCGUGGGUGCGCUUCUGGCGGCAGGGGCACGCCUUGCGCUGGGCGAAGGGCGAUGUAGUCGUCGUUGUCGCACGCGUCCUGCCCUUCGUGUGGACCUCGAAUGUGAACAAAGUCGUGGCCGUGCAAAGACGGAGACGCAGCUUGUCGGUGGCGUGGGGGACAACCAGUAGGCAUGUGCUCAGGGGGGAGGAGGUCGUGUCGGUAAGCAAGAAGGAAAAUGGAGACGUUGUUUUUGACCUGAGAAGUUUUUUGAGGCCGCAUGCGUUCAUGGCGUGGCUCUCCUAUCCCUUGGUUAUGUACUUGCAGGCGGCGUUUGCCAGGGAUGUGUGCCGGCAACUGGCAGAGGCGGCCAACGAUUCAAGUUGA